AUGCCAGCAGUGCCGAAACAAAAGAAGCCUUGCAAAUCCUCGGUAUACAUGGACGAGGAGCGCCGCCUGAUGGCGCAGUACAAGGACGACUUCAUGGCCGUUUUCCACGACAAGGAGGCCCGAGCCAAAGUUAUAAAGAGCAAGAAACUGAGUCGUUGGAUUGCCAACAAUUGGCGCGGACCCAGGACCAAGACUCAAGACACAAAGGCUGGGGACGGGCAGAUGUGGACAACAACUUCUCAUGUUGUCUGGAGAACUAUGAGGGAGCGAGUGGACAAGGAACUGAAGGGCAUGCUUGGGGUAGAACAGGUCGACACUCAACAUCCGGCAUUCUUUAGGAGCCAGCCCACCGCAGUUAAGAAGGUGUACGAAAGUUUGAAUGCUCAAGAGCGAGAGGUGGUUAAGCAGGAGGCAGCCAAGAUGCGUGCCCAAGGGAACCCCCCCGAGGUCCAACGCCGGAACACGGCGGGCAAGAUGGUUCACCAAAUCUGUGAGAAUUUUGGUGAAUGCAAGGGCCUUCCUGGCGAGCUCUUCCAAAGAAAAUACACAGCAGACAUUAAGGCUCUUCAAAUCAAGCUUGUAACCUUUUUGAAUGACCUCGAUGCAAAGAUAGCAGGAGCAUCAGGGAUGGCACCAGCACUGGCACCGGCACCGGCCACCCAAGCGUCGGGACCUAUUGUAAUGCCGGCACUGGCCCCUGCCCCGAUGGUAGUUACAAUGACCCCAUCAGGAUUUCCCAUUGUGCCGCUGGCCCCUGGGCCCACGGAUGUCGUCGACAAAGAGUCACUGGAAGAGAUGCUUCGUAUAUUCCUCAGACAACACUACCGACUUGCCUCGGGGCACGGCACAAAGCAUCUGACAUGGGGGUUGCUCAAGAGUGACCCUGACAAACUCGUGGAGUCCAAGUACUACCCAGCAAACUUCCGGUGGACUGACGCCCAUAAUCUCAAGAUAAGCAGCAUUUUAGACUUCUUUGAGCAUGCCCGCAGCAGGCAAACUGAGUUCGGACCCGAGGAUGCAUUCUGCUUCAAGGCCUAUUCUUUGAAGACCAGUACAAAGGAGCGGGUAUUCUGCCCUGCGAACUACCCUGAAACUGCCAAUGCCGAUGCUGAUAGUGGUGCUCCGAACGAGGGCACCAAGUCCCAACAGCCAAAAUCGAAAAAAGUGGCAGCACCCAAGCAGAAGCAGGGGAAGCAAAACGUAAAACAAAAUGCCGAUGCUGAGACCAGUGCUGAGGCCGAUCCAACUGAUGCAAGGGCCGCUGCCGAUGUUGGAUUUGGAGAGGCAAACGCGCCCGAGCAGUGCACAGGUUCCACCGCUCCCUCAGCCGUUUUUCCAAACGCUGAGGUACUAGUCAAUGUUACAGCCGUUUUUCCAAACGCUGAGCUAUUCUUAGUUGUUUCACAGCCGAUGCCACCAAACAUGUACCUGACGCCGAGCCCUGGUCCCUCUGAAGACGAGAACAUCGACCCCGCCCUCCGUACCAAUGCCGACACUGGUCUCAUUUUGGUCGAUCAACAGGAGAUGGCAACUUUGAAAGCACUAGGAUACUUGGAAAGUCCUCCAGUGAAUGGGCCUAGUGACAGCCCCCCCCGAUAUGCCGUCCCCUCCAGUGCCUUGGCAUUCCCCAGGAGAAAUGCAACCGCCUCCGGCAUCGGCAGCGAGGCAGCUUCAUCCACCAGGAUAGAUCCACAUGUGACACCAAACACCCUGAGUGGCACCCCCAAUGUGGGCCUUAAUGCCGUGUUGGGGCAGCUUCCGAUUUACGAUAUCGGCACUGGAGGCGUCGGCAUUAGCCCAAUCAGCAGUAUCACUGGCACUUCACCAGAGGGCAUGCCCAACAUUGGCCUUAGUGCUGCUGAAGCACAGCCGCUGACCCCGAUGUCGGCGAAGAAACUGUCGGCGCAUCCCCGAUGGCACCCAUCGCUGGGAACCUGCCAGGUAGCCCAGGUAACACAUGCGCACCCCUGA